AGCCGGGGGAGCUGCCGCCGCCGCCCCUGCAGCCGCCGCCGCCGCCGCCGCCGCCUGAGGAGUGGGCCUGGGAAGGAAGCGGUCGCCGCGCUCGGAGCUCCUCUCGUCCGCGUCUUCGCCCCCUGCAGGCCUCCCACGGGACUGACCAUGGAUAAAAGUGAGCUGGUACAGAAAGCCAAACUCGCCGAGCAGGCUGAGCGCUAUGAUGAUAUGGCUGCAGCCAUGAAGGCAGUCACGGAGCAGGGGCACGAACUCUCCAAUGAAGAGAGAAAUCUGCUCUCCGUGGCCUACAAGAACGUGGUUGGUGCCCGCCGUUCCUCCUGGCGUGUCAUCUCCAGCAUCGAACAGAAAACAGAGAGGAACGAGAAGAAGCAGCAGAUGGGCAGAGAGUACCGGGAGAAGAUAGAGGCAGAACUGCAGGACAUCUGCAAUGAUGUUCUGGAGCUGUUGGACAAAUAUCUUAUUCCCAAUGCUACACAACCAGAAAGUAAGGUGUUCUACUUGAAAAUGAAAGGAGAUUACUUUAGAUAUCUUUCUGAGGUGGCAUCUGGAGACAAUAAACAAACCACUGUGUCGAACUCCCAGCAGGCUUACCAGGAAGCGUUUGAAAUCAGUAAGAAAGAAAUGCAGCCUACACACCCAAUUCGACUUGGCCUGGCGCUUAAUUUCUCAGUCUUUUACUAUGAGAUUCUAAACUCUCCUGAAAAGGCUUGCAGCCUGGCAAAAACGGCGUUUGAUGAAGCGAUUGCUGAAUUGGACACACUGAAUGAAGAGUCUUACAAAGACAGCACCCUGAUCAUGCAGUUGCUUAGGGACAAUCUCACUCUGUGGACGUCGGAAAACCAGGGAGAUGAAGGAGAUGCUGGGGAAGGAGAGAACUAAUAAUGUCUGUUGUGCUUCGUGAUCUGUUCAGUGUCACUCUGUACCCUCCACAUAUAUAUCCCUUUGUGCGAUAAAAAAAAAAAAAAGAAUCGUACGUCAACUUUCGAUUUUUCACAGCCUCAGCCUAGCGAAAAUGGUCCAUGGGAUAAACAGCUGGUAUUUGUAUCUAAAACUCAGAUUGGUCACAUAAAUGCCACGGCAUUCUGAAGUUUUGAUUUUGAUUAACAUUGACAGGAUUACUGUGUGUUUAAUUUUUUUUAAACUGAACACUGUGAUUUUGGGGUUUUGUAACUUAGCAGAACUCUUACUGGUAGAAAAAAAUAGACCUGAAUUAUGUGUAACUUUUUGGAAGUUUAAUCUGAUAUCAAAAUAGUCACUGAAAUACAGUUCCAUUGUAAAGUUGUACAGAAAGUUAUAGAGAUUAUAUUGUGACGCUGGGACUUGGAGUGAGACACCUAUUGUUUGGCAUUCGAGUUUCAUGGUAGUUCACAGUAAUUCUGCCUAUUGUUCAGGGCUUAUAGACACUUGACCAGUUUGGGCUGUUUUCACUCAGAAGUUCCUGACCACAGUGUCUUCCUCUGAGGAAACUCGAAGCCUGAAAUUGAAAUUGUUUGUAGCAGAUAACUGGGUUAUGACACCAUGAAAAGGUCCAGUGCUCAUACAACACGUGUGACUAAAACCCCUUUCCUACAGCAAUAUGUUAGUGAUUACAACUUGUGCUUCAAUAUUGGAGUCUGUUUUCCUUGUACCCAUGAGCUAAAGAAGAAGAAAAGCCAUCUAUCUUAGGAAUGGCCUUACCUGUUUCCUGGAUAAUACCUUUAACAAUAAUGUUCUGCAGAGACUGCCUUUCACCUGAGGAGUACUCAGUCUUUGGGUUCUUCUUAGCUUGGGGCUUUGAAAUUUUGAAAUCUAAACCUUCUUUCCCACCGUCCUUUUUCAUUGUUGACUUUGGUUUUCUCUUCCCUCUUUAAAUUUCUGUCCUUCUCCUUCCUUACAUUUUUUUCUUUUUGAAUUCUAUCUUUAUUUGUCUUUCAUUUACUGUUUAAUAUGGUAUGGGCAGGGGUAGGGGGCCUGGAGGGGUGAGAAACAUUGGUGAGCACUGUGGUGAGCCGCCUUGCUUCCAAGAGUUGAGUAGAGUUUCCAGCACCGUAGCUCUGUCUUUCUCCAGUUCUCAGCACACUUGUUGCUCUUCAGUCAUACCAAGAUCUGGAUCAAAAACUCAUUUUUAAAUAUCCAAGACUUCUCCCUGUAUUGCAGCCAGCCCCGAUAUUGCUUGUUAGUACCUGUCACCAGGUCUCCCAAGUGUACUCAUCCAGCCACAUUCACAGACGUGUUUCAACAAGACUCUCUAAUGCAGGGAAGUUUCGAGAACAUUGCAAUGGAGAGAGUCAGGAAUAGCCAGGCCUACCAGUCUCACAGUACCCCCCCACUCCCUUUAACAUUCCAUGUAGCUCUAGUGUCCAUCUGUUUGUCCAUCUGCUGAAAUGAGAAAAGAAACAUUCAUGCACUGAUUUAAAACAAACCAAAAAAAGAGAAAAAAAAAAAUCCCUCUCUCCUUUCUAGCUGAACAAAAACGUGCAGUUAAUACUUGGCGCUUGAAAAUGCAGUAGUGACUGUGGAACGAGCCUGUCUGUAUAUCUGGUAGCUCUUUCUUGCUUCGUUUUUCCUUACCAGUAUUCUUCCUCACGUUUGCUUCUGUGAUGGUUAUAUUGCCUAGCAAGCACACCCGUGGUUGUGAAAAUAGUAUAGCAAAAAAGAAAAAUCCCCGGUUAUUGAUGUAGUAGAUUUGCGUAUGUCUUUUAAACAGUUCUAGUUUCCACCUUACACGGAAUAAUCAGGAAGAGUGUAAAAAUUCAAAAGUGAAAUAAAAAAUUUUAUGAGUUA